AAAUGUAAGAUAUGAUUAACACAUUAUUUUAAUGCAUAAACGCAUAUUCUUCUAAUAUAAAUCACGUGUUCUUGAAUUUUAAAUGUAAAUAAAUAAAUAAGUGAAUUACAUGCCUGAAACACUCAAUUAUUUAAAAAGCUACAUUAAAUUACACAUUAUUUAGGUUAAUGUCACUUGAACUCUUUGUUCCGCAUGGCCUUAAAAAAUAUGUAUAUUCGUAUUGAAAAUAAUUAGUUCUUUGUUUGAAACCAAAUCAUCCAUACAAUAUUUCCCAGAAGACUUGGAAUAAUCAAAUUAAAAGAUGUUUAAAAGAGUGUCCAUGGCAAUUAUUACUAGAUAUACCUUUCAAUCCAAUUUAAACCUAAGCCUAUAACGAUUUUUUUUUUUUAAACCAGAAAAUAGAUCUUAAAAUGUUGUCAUUGAAUAAUAGUACCUUAUCCAAUAGCUACAUAACAGUUUAUAGUUUUCUGUAAGAUGAUUGGUCCAAUUGGUCGGGUGUGAUAUUUACUUCCUGUAAACAUUGAUUCCUAUUGGUUCAUCCUUGAGUGACGUGACCUGACCGGAUGCUGCAUCGUUAGUCCCGCCUCCUCGCCGACCCGUUGUCGGUAAAAUGGCUGAGGUAGGUCAGAGGCUGGGCACCGGUGCUUACCGGCUGUCCACUCUCAGAAACAGCCGAAGUCGACCGGUGUGCACCGGAGAAAGUCCCGGUUCUCUGCUGGUUGCCUGCACUCUCAGUGACAGUCGGUUAAAAAACGAAUCAACCCGGGAUCAACGUGAAGUUCACCGGAGAAGCAGAGCAACUCAAUGCUACUCGGUGAACCUGACAGGAAGUGAAUGUAAACGGGAGAAUGCGACUUUACCCUCUGCCACUUCUUGGGAGCUGGACUCGUCCCGUUUUAUCAGACGAGUUCACACAGCAGCCCUGAGUGCCUCAGCAAGACUGCAGCCUCUGCUCCAGGAGAAGCUGCUGCCUGGCCGGAUGACACCCUGGACCAGAGGAGCUGUUUCCAUCCACCGUGACACCUUCAGGUCCCCUCCGAAUUUGCGAGCUUUCUGCACUGUCGUCUAUAUUCUGGCGAAGCAGGCGUCAAGGAGACGGAGGCGUCCGGAGGUGCAUCCCGAUACCCUGCACGCCUCCAGUCGAGGUUACAGCAACGGCAGCUCCAAACAUGUUCCUCUGCUGUACAGAAGUAGGACGUCCUAUUACGACACCCUCAAAGUGUCCCCCAAUGCCACACAGUCCCAGAUCAAGUCGGCCUACUACAAGCAGUCCUUCGUCUACCACCCUGACAAGAACCCUGGGGGCGAUGCGGCCACCCAGCACUUCUUUGAGAUCAGCGAGGCCUACGCGGUGCUGGGCAACGACAUCCUGAGGAAGAAGUACGACCAAGGUGUUCUGAGCCGGUCACACGUUCAAAGCCCGGCCUCCAAAGAGACCACAGGCUCCCCUCAGCAGCAGCAGCACUACCGAGCCAGGCGGUCCUCCAAAGCUGGGGAGAAGAUCAUGUUUGAUUUUGACGCCUUUUAUCAGGCUCACUACGGGGAGCAGCUGCAGAGGGAGAGGGACAUGAAAGCCAGGAAGCAGCGCAUGCAGGAGCAACAGGAGCAUAUGAGCAAAUGGACGCAGGGGAAAAUAAUGAAGAUGACUGUGGCGAUGCUGAUGACGAUGGCAGGCUUACUUUUGGUCAAUGUCUGCGAGUCUUGAAGCAGCAACCUGGGGUUGCAUGUGAGGACUCGGGGUGAGCGGCAGGGGGGCUACCUCAGACUUGUUUGCAAGUGUUGCACAGUUUCUGACAGUUGAACAUUAUUGUGUUUGGUGAGCUGCAGGAGGAAUAAACAAACACCGGAUAACUGUGUUAUCUUUUAAAGGCCA